AUGGCCGGGGCCUUCCUGGGGUUUCCCGCGGGCUGGGCGGGGCUCAUCGACCGCUGGGGCGUCCCCGCGCUCCAGGCCUGGGUCGCGCGCUGCCCGGCGGUGGAGCUCCCGCCGUGCCCAGCGCGCCCGGGCUGCAGCUGCCCAGCCUGCCCGCCCUGCCCUGUUGCCUCAGUGGGCGCGACCACGGGCACUGUCGCACUCGCCUGCGGGACGGCCGCGCUGGCUGGCGCGUCGCUCGGGGCCCUCGGCACCUUCACGGCGCUCCGGCUCUGGGCGCCGCGCGGGGCGUGUCAGGGACGCAGCCGCCGCUGGCUGCGCUCGCCGCUGGGCCUCAUGUCGGAGGCGUGGGCGUGGGUCCUCUACAACGUGGUCGGCGCGCCGCUGCUCCACCAGAGGAGGGUAGCAGGCCAGCUGGCGCUCACGAGUGACGUGAUCAUCGUGACCCCAGAUGACAUGGUCUAUGCCGAGACCUUGCCGACGGCGGGGCCCGACAUCUCGGCGGCGCGGUUCUCGGCUACGAAGUGGCCGCCGCCGCCGCCGGGGAUCGAUCCUGGCGCGACGCACAGGUUCCGCCAGGCCCCUUCGGCGGCGCGCGAGGCGGCCUGGCUGGCGGCCGCCGUCGCGGAGGCCGACGCCGAGUUCGGCCGCCGCCAUCCAGGGGUGCCCGUGCCGCCUGGCGGCACCCUGGUGCCGAUGGCGGGCGGCCUGCUGCCGGGGUUCGUGGCGCUCGCGGCCGCGCCAGCCGCCAUCGUCGGGCCCGUGCCGCCUCCCGAUGGGGCUGCCGCCGCACCGCCCGCGGCCGGGGUCGCCGCUGCUGCGUUGGCCGCUGCCGGGCCGCCCGCGCCCGACGGACCGCUCGCCGCGGCGGUGCCAAGCCCGGCGGCCGGCGUGCCCAUCGCGCCGGGCGCCCCCCCGGCCGUCGGCGCGCCUCCAGGACCCUCCUGGAAGGACGACGGCGGCGCCCCCCUCGGGCCGAACGGCGAGGCGCCAGCGGGCUGGUCGUGGGUGCUCGCCGAGGAUGCAGGCGGCCUCGCCUAUGGCUCGGUGGUGCAAGUCGGCCCGAUCGGUGGCGCGAUCUUGGCAGGGCGAGCGGGCCGACGAGCGACCAUCACUCUCGUCGGAGGUGCCUCCGCCAUGGCGUUCCUCCUGGAGGACUGGCGGCGAGGUGAUUUCAUCGACAAGUGGCGGGGGGCCGACGCGAGGAUCUUAGCGCGCACGCCGGACGUUCGCCUGGCACGGAGCUGGCCCGCAGUGACCGGGUCGGCGGUGGAGGUGGCAGACCCCAGCUUCACCUUGCAGCCGAGGUCCGCGGGCUGGUGCGUGGCGUGGCUGCUGCGGGAGGGCGGGCCCAUUCAGCACCACGAGAGCUGGAAGUCCCGCAAGAGGCUCAACUCCUCGGACUGGGGCGUCUCGGAGCACCACACGCUCUCCACCGUGCUCGAGGACGUCGCCACGCACGACGAGGUGAACGUGACGAACCUCCUCGGCGCGGAGCGUCUUCUGGGGAAGAUGCAGCUGAUCGAGCACUUCUGGGACGAGAAGCAACGGGGGCAGGAUGCGGGGCAGCUGAAGCUGCCAGUGGAGGAGGUCUCCGCUUUCAUGGGCGGCACGGGUCCGUCGAGUCGUCCAAGCAGCAUGGCGCGCCCCGCCCUGCUAGACGUGGUCGGCAAGGAGCUCGAGCGCAUCAGUCAGAUCAAGAAGAACGCCCGCAAGCUGCGGGAGGAGGCGAAGGCUGCCGCUGGGCCGAAAGCCGGCGGAGCCAAGGCAUGA